AGUAGAGUACGAUAUUUCUUCUUUCAAUGAAUGGACCAGACAGAAUUUGUUUGCUUUAAAAAGAGUCGAGGUGGCAAAAACAGAUGAUUGCACAUGCCCCCUGAAAGCCUUUGCAAUUUUAGUGCAUGACUCUCCUAUGGAUUGUGAAGACCAUCCUCUAACUUCUUUGAUCAAGAAAAUUUAUGAGCUUUCAGAAUGGAUAAAUAUGAAACCUUUCAUUGACCCUCCCAAAAUUGAAGGAGGACUUGAAGAAAAUAAAAUAAAUAAAGAAGAAAAUAAUGGCGAUAUGUCUGAUAUUGGAGAAGAAUUUGAUUUCUUCUACAAACUAUUUCACAAGAACUCGAAAGCAGGGUUUAUCCCUAAUAUCUCCAGCUCGAUGAAUCAGUGGAUGGAGUUUGAUCAGACAUUCUAUUCAUCCAAGUUCGAUCCCAAAUAUGACAACGAAGAACAAAAGUUUGACUUCAGCCUCUCAGGGAUUUCAGUACAAGACUCUGACAAAGUAGCCGAGCUCUAUGAUGAGUUGGAUGAAGAGAUGGACUAUUACAGACUGAGACUGGCAGCCAUCGCAUAUGAUUUAUCAACUCUCCAAACAAACUACCAAUUCAUUUUCAAACAAUUUGUGGCAGGAAGAUUUGUCACAAUAUUAGGUAAGCUUAUAUUUAUCCAAAGUUGCUGUUGCCCCAACUAA